AUGGCCAAGCAACCCAAGUCCUGGCUCGGCCGUCACCUCCAGCGUCUCGAACCCGCACUUCAGCACGACGGCUUCGCCUACACCUUCACCAUUGUUUUCCUUCUGGUCAACGUCAUCAUCUUUUUCGUCGGCGCCGCCCCAGCAUGGCUUGCCAACAGCGAAGAAGGCCUCGCUCUACGCCUCGCCGCCUCUUCAGCACGAGGCGGCGGAGCCAUGCUCAAUCUCGACGCCGCCCUCGUCAUUCUCGUCGCCUCGCGCUCGCUCAUGACAUAUUUGAGACGCACCCCGCUUAACAUGAUCGUCCCUUUCGAUAAGGCCAUGCCCGCUUUUCAUUCGCUCGUCGGAAAUGUCCUCGUUGUCGCAACUGUCAUCCACACUCUCGGCCAUAUUGUCAGGUAUUCCUUGUUGAGGGAAUGGGGUGGCGGCAUCUUGGGUCCUACUAGUCUGGCCUUCUCUGGCUCGUUUUUGGUAAUUGUCGUCCUUUCUAUGAAGAUCACCGCCCUCAAAUCCCUACGGAAGAGGUCUUAUGAGACUUUCUAUUGGGUUCACAGCCUGGGCUUGUUUUUCUUCUUCGCCCUCUUGAUCAUGCAUGGCUCCCACAAUGGCCAGGCAAAGACAUUCAUGUACAUCUUGGCCCCGCUCACCAUCUACAUCAUCGACAGACUCGUCCGCUUGUUUCGCGAGAAGGGCUCCCAACUCAUCUUGCGCAAGGAGCAUCGUCUUUGCAAGGGAACCGAUAUGGUCCGUCUCAGCAUCCCGAGAACCUUCACCUACCUUCCUGGUCAGUACUGCGACAUCAAGGUCCCGCUUGUCAGCACUCUUGAAUGGCAUCCUUUCACUAUCGCCAGUUCUCCGCAUGAAAACGAAAUGCUUUUCUACAUCAAGGUCAACGGCGAUUGGACCCAAAAGCUCUACGACCGCAUUCAGCAACACGAAAAGGAUCAUGACGAGAUCCAAGUUCAUGUCCGCGGUCCUUACGGAGCUCCCGCCCAGCAUGUCGGUCAGUACGAGCAUGUCGUUCUUAUCAGUGGUGGUGUGGGCGCCACCCCAUUUUGCGCUAUUACAAAGUACGCACAUCAUUGGAUUCUCAACUACACGCAACGGGGCGCGGAGGCCUCGAACACUGUUUCCGCCGCCUUCACUAGAAACCAAAGCGUCGUGGGGACAUCAAGCGUACCGGGCACGCCAACCAAGAAUGCAUCCGGAUACUCCUCAGUCCAGCGUUCCAACAACCCAUCCAGGAAUAUGUCGAGGAACCAAAGCGGAAACAACUUUCCACACAAUAUAUCGAGAAACUUUUCGAGGAAUAGAUCAACCAAUGGAUCGAGGCCAGUGUCUAGGUCAGGUUCUGGGCGUCUCGACCCAUACGGCCCCAGAAAUAUGUCGCGGUCGGGAUCCGGAAGGACAAUGUCGAGACCUCAUUCUGGUCACUUAGAGCGCUUUAACUCGGGCCAUAUGGAUCGCGUUAGUUCGACCAGGACGAAUGAUAGUAUUGGCCUUAUCAUUCACGAGCAGAGGCAGAACCAGCCUUUCGGCCCUACCCCUUCGAUGCAACAUCUUGCAGCAGCUAGCCCGCCAGAGGAUAUGCAUAUCACGAUACCGAGCAGCAACGAGAGCGCAGAUGAUAGCAUAAUACGCACCUAUAUCGACAACGAAGUCCUUCCAGAGGACUACGAUGAGGCUCUCGGAAACCCUGAGGCACCGAUUCCAGAUCGGCGGGCAGCAGCGUUGGACGCCGAAGGCCCUGCAAAGGAGAAGCAGCAGAUGUUUGAGCUCAUCAAGGAGUAUGAAUCGACCGCAGAUCUGUUUGAUGAUGACUUUGAAGACACUCCUGGGACAGAUCCCUUGAAGGCAGGAGGAAAUGAAUAUGUUGGAACAGGCAUACUCGAAGAUGGGGGAAUGGAUCUUGAUCCGGUGGACCUGGAGGCCGGCGGUGUGGAACUCGAGGACCAGAUUCUCGAGCAGCAGACAGCUUCGAACGCAUACAACAUGCUAGGUAUGAGUUUCGGCCCGCUUGCCAUGCUCAGGCACAUGCACGCGCAGGAAGAUUCCAAGGUUCGGUCUAGCGUAGUACGAGCGUCAAUGAAUCUGAUGGAUGAUGCGAUUGAUGCUGCUGUUUGGCAGGAUCGCCUGUUAUUCUAUCUGCAUUCGGUGACGUUGAACUGGAUUUUGCUGUGGGUCAUGCUCUUAAGGUUUUCUCUUGUUGCGAUGGGAUACAUCACAAAACAGUUCUUCACAGACCAACGAGGGCUUGGAAUUUUUGCUACCCACGCGAUGAAUUCCGUUGAUCUUGUGUCAGCAAUCUUCAUCACGAUUCCUGUCGUCGGUGCCGUCAUCAUGGAGAUUUACCUGCAUGGCCCCAAGGAAUUUAUGUCUGACAACAUUGGAAACUGUUUUGAUCUAUUUGUGCUGGUGCCGCUGUUGCUUGGUUGCAUCCUACUGCACGUCCUGGACCUAGCCAGUGUAGGAAUUAAUAUUCAGCACAUGUCCAACGUGAUUGUGUUCGUCAUCUGGCCAAUUUUAAGCCUCACCCUCCUCUGGCGCAUUGGUCGAACGAUCGGAUCGCGAGUCUUGCUCGCCCAGUACUUCAAGUCGACACAUGCGCAAACAAAAUCACUCGACUAUAUUUGGGUGAGCAAAACGCAUCAAGAUGACACGUGGCUAAUUGAGGAACUUCUGCCCCUGGCCGAGUCAAACAUUGUCCGCCUGCACCGCUUCAUCACACGACAUGGUCCAAAAACCGAGCCCUGGAUGCUCGAUUACGAAAAAAUCCCCCUCAACACAACGUACUCUCGUCCCGAUUGGGAUGACGUUUUUGGAAGUCUUGUCGAGAGAUCUAAGAGCGGCUCGGUGAUUGGUGUAUUCUUUUGUGGACCGGAUAGUAUGGCGCGAAUGGUGCAGCAAGCAGCCAUGAACGCCAUGACGAAAAGCCUGGACAAUGCCUAUCAAAGGGGGUAUAUGCAAAAGGGCGGCCGUGCAUAUGGGCGAGAGGAGGAGUUGGGGUUUGCAAAAUCAGGGGCAGGCAGAGGAGGCGGGCUCGGGAAGAUGACAGAACGCGUGGGAAUUGGAAGGAGAGGUGCAAGUGGACGGAAGCCUGGAAGUCCACUACCUGAUGACAAUCUAGACGCAUCAGCGUAUGGUUGCAGCGUACGAAUAUCUGUGAGGGUGGAAAAUUUCACGUGA